CAUAAUACCCUGUGCUCCGUACUUGAAUCCAACCUGCACCCCAAUUCAUCCUUGUAAAUUGGCUAAAUUUAACGAGGCACAGGCCCCCACACUGUUCACCCCCAUUGUCGGUAGUGACCUGAGGGCUCCUCAUACCUCCUCCUGUCCAAGCUCACUUCCCUUGCUUCAAUGGCUGAGUGCCCUCCACUGAAGAGAAAUCCAGGCAGGUCUGAAUGCCUCUCCAAUCCUAACCAUUGUACAGCCAACAUAGAAUUCCACAGGAAACCUUUCCAACGGGUGUCUGCUGUUUAACAUGAUAUUCUUUCCUACUGCUCUGCUCUAAUGACUGCCUGGUUAGGAGGAAUUUAUAAAUGACACCGUAGGAGACUGACUGUCCCAAAUUUACUACAAAGUAUUUUGAACAAGUGGAACGGCUUUUAUAAGGGAGGAGGAGCUCCAAGCCAUGCAGUCCUUCCGAGAACAAAGCAGUUACCAUGGCAGUCAACAAACUUACCCACCAGAAGCUCAUGGUCCUUCAAGGGUAGAAGAGUAUAGCCCCAGACAGCAGGCACAGAUGUUUCAAGGUAGCUAUGGAGGUCGCAGAGGAACAGGAACACCUGCAGCAACUCCAGGGGAAAACUCCAGCUUACAGAGUUGCCAAGCUUAUCGUAAAGAUGCUGGAGACUUCUAUUACUUACCCAACAAGGAAGAAAGUGCAACUGGGAGCCAGGCAUCCCAGCGUCGACCUUCAGGACCUGUGCAGAAUUAUGGACCUCCACAAGGAAGUAAUAGUAGCAGCACAGGCUUUGGAGCUCAUUUUGGGAGAGAGGGGCAUCACAGUCAAUUUUCAGGUCCGCAUUCAACAACUGCCAGCAUUUCCCAAUACUCACAGGAUUUUCCAGGAUCAUUUUCUCCUAGUGGAGGCCAGUAUCCAUCUCAUGUUCCUACCCAACAACUGAGACAACAGCUUUAUCAGUCAAAUCACCCCAUUUCUCAGUCUGCCAACACAUCUGCAUCUACCGGGGCAUCACAUCUGCAGCAAAUGCAGCGCUCAGCUGCAAUUAGUUCUUCAGUUGGAUACCCACUAAGAAUGGGUCAGUAUGGACAUUAUCAGUCUGCAGGGUCUUCUACUUCCUAUCCCCCUCAGAGGUUUGGACAAUCUGGAACAAACUAUGAGGGCUACAGCCCAGGGGGUACGGGCUCUUCAUACGAGAGUCCUAUAUCUGGAUCAUCAUAUGGCACUCAACAGCAAGGGUUUAGUAGCUACAGCCAGCAUUUUAAAAACUUUGAAACAACUAAAAUCCCUCAGGGGGGCAAUCAGGGACAGCAACAGCAGAGUCCUCAUGCAAUGCAGUUUUCAAACUCUUCUAAAUUAUUAACACAAAGCCAAGCUGGACAAUUUAACCAGUCUGAAGUUCCUGUGCGAUCACCUAUGCAGUUCCAGCAGAAUUUCAGCCCCAUAUCCAAUCCAUCUCCGGCUGCUUCAGUUGUGCAAUCACCAGGCUGCAGUUCAACACCCUCCCCUUUAAUGACUAGCGGGGAAAAUAUUCAGUGCAGUCAAGGAAGUGUAAAACACACAUCCAGAAACCGUAUAUUGCCAAUGAUGCCCCAGCUGAGUCCUAACACACAGAUUGGAAAUUAUAAAGGUUUUGGAGUGGAAGGUCAUCCAGAUAAACGUUUAACAGAUCCAGGUCUUAGUAGCCUUAGUGCACUCAGUAGCCAAGUAGCUAACUUGCCUAACACGGUUCAGCAUAUGUUACUUUCUGAUGCUCUGGCACCUAAUAAGAAGGGGUCUAAACGAACUUCUAGGAAGACGGACAGCUGUGCCAACUCGGAAACUUCAUCCCAAGCAGAAGAACAGCUGAAGUCUCCAAUGACAGAGUCUUUGGAUGGCAGCUGCUCUAGUAGUUCAGGAGAUCCGGACGAAAGGGUAAGGCAGCUUAGUGGCCAGAGCACCAGCUCAGAAGCUGGUUAUAAGGGACCUCCUUCAGAAAAACCAGCAUCACCUGUACAGAUUUGGCAGAAUGAACCUUCAGAAAAGACAGCAGAUCGGGAACCUGACACAGUUCCUGAACCUGCAGAGUCAUUUCAGGAAGUUCCAAAGCCCAGUGAGAAGUCAGUUGGGGUAAUUGUUUCAAUAGAAACCGUAACAAACAGGUUAGAGAAGGUCGUUGAUGAAGUUUCAAAGCAAGUUGAUGAUUCAGCAGUAGAGUCCAACUUGCCUAAAACAACUAAGGAAACUGUAAACAGUUGUGCUAGCAGCCAAAAUGGAGAAUCCAGUGCUUGCGAUUCUGUGUCUGCUACAGCAACCAAUAUAUCUCAAACCGAAUCAUCUAGAUCUCCUGUUAGUGCUGGGUUUGACAUAAAAGAAGCACCCACACAUUCUAAACAUACCACAAAUUUGCCCCAAAACACCAAAAAUUCAGAGAGUGUUAAUUUUGGCGCUCAAAGUGAUCGAAAACCUGGAAGAAAUGAGAAGUUUCCCAGUUUAUUACAGGAGGUCUUGCAAGGCCAUCAUCAACAGGAAGGAAGAUAUGCUAGAAGCGUGCAAGAACACCCAGCAGGUGUAGGAAAUUCGGAAGUGGUAUUGAGAUCCAAUGUGCUUACAAGCCAGGCAAAUGAGCUGUCUAAUCGCAACAUUCUUGGGAAAAAUUCAGCACCUCAUUUAGAAGCAUCACUCUGGGGUCAGUGGGAAAGGAAAUCCACUGCAGAAGCAAAACCUAUAAAUUUAGAUUUUUCUACAGCCAGAAAGUUUGAGGCAGAUGUGCCAGCCUCUUCCCAUGAACCAAGUAGUGGUCCCUCUGAAAGAAGGUCUGUUAUUUGUGACAUCUCCCCAUUAAGGCAAAUUGUGCGUGAACCCAGUAGCUCUCAUCUUCUUGGCACUGCACAAGAGAGGCCACCAGAUGGCAGACCUGGACAGUCAGUUAUCCUACCUAGUGGAAUGUUAACCUUGGAAAAAUCCAAUUGCUUAGGUGGUAUAGCCAACGUGGAAGAUGUUGAAUCCCCAAAAAUGCACAGAAAGCGAAUAGAGCACUGCAUGUCAUACAGCACCAAAGAUUCUGUCAGGGGAAGUGCCAGUCCAAGAUCUAUGACAUAUGAUCCCAACCAGGAUUAUAGUUCCCAUAAUAUCCGGGUGUCAAAUCCUAAAAGAGGAACUGGAAGAUUGGGACCUAGAGGGAGAUCGCCUGCACAAACUCAAGAUUCUGGUGAUAAGCUGAAAAUGUCUCCAGUCAGAAGUCGAGGUACAACAGAUAUUCCUCACAUGAAUUCAACAGUGUGUCUUUCAGAGCGAGCGAGCAGAGAAGCUUUAUACUCUGCUUUUUUUCAGAAUACAGAGGGCUCUACCUUAGGCUACCAUACAAAUUCUAGAUCAAGUUCCUAUGGGGAACCUCAUCCAGCAUUCAUGUCUCCUUUACAUUACAAAAGACAGAUUUACCAACAAGAAGAAUAUAAAGAAUGGCUGGGGAGUUCAGCCCAGGCUAUACUGUCAGCCUCACAGCAUCGUCAAGAAUUGCAGAGGAAAAGCCCCAGACAGGAAUCGUUUCAUGUUUGCAGUCCAGUUAGGAAUGAAAAUGAGGGCAUGGGUUAUAGUCAGGCAAGUUCAUACCAUGAAACCAGCAGUGUAGACUACAGUCGACAGCUGCGCAUGAGUGAAGGCACUCCAUCUAAUAUGAUAAAUGUAGAGUUGAAACGAAAUAGCCAAAAGACUCCUCCUGGAGACUCUGCUAGCUGGCAUUUGGGACACAAAGCUUCAACAAAGAAGGUAGGAUCUCCAGUAGUUGCAAAGCAAAAGCCAUUCGGCCCAAACAGGGAAUCUGAACCACGUGGUAGCAGGUCUGGAGAAUCAACUGAGCUUCCCCAACAAGGUUGCAGUGUGCAUCAGCCAACAGGUACUGAGGAAGUAUCACACCACAACCCUCUAAUUAUGAGAAGAAGAGUACGCUCCUUCAUUUCUCCAAUACCCAGCAAAAGACCGUUUCCUGAUGAUAAAGGAAAAUCUGCUCAUGAUACUUCAAAAGAUGGUCCUGAAAAAAUGCAUGCUGCACAUGUGUCCUCAUUGGAUACUGACACUGGGUUUUCAGUCAUGACUGAAGAGUCAACCAAAUCUACUUCUGAACAGAGAAGUCCCACUGCAGUGUCAUUAUCAAGUCCAACAAAAACAAAAAUUCUGCCUCCUCGCAAAGGAAGGGGACUCAAGCUUGAAGCUAUAGUGCAAAAAAUUACAUCUCCUAAUAUUCGUCGAAUUACAAUUCCAUGCACAUCGGAAGGUUCCACUGAACCAGUAACACUUGAUGAUAUUUUAUCCCUAAAGGGCAAGGCAUCAGAUGGGGGUAAUGGAACUGUGCAGGAGGUGACCGAAAGAACUGUUAAUGAUCUUCCAAGUAUAUCCUGCACCGAUGAGAUAAAAAUAAAGGGGCUUUCGACAAAGUCUAUGGAUGUGUGGACUGUCCAUGAUAAACAAAUUAAAAAGGAAAUGGAUGAACACUCAUUUGAAAACAAAGAACUGCCACAAAGUUUAAGCCUCAUACAGUCAUCAUCAAAUCCCUUUAUAAAUACAAGAGGAAAUUCUCCAGCCUUUGAACCAAAAUCCCCUUUACAACAAGUUCAGCAAUGUGAAUUGGGAGAUAAAGAUAUGCUUGCUGGUGGACCUUGUCCUGUUAUUCCUAAACAGGAUGUUGUACCUCAAAAAGGAUAUUUUCCAUCUGGAAAAAAGAAAGGUCGUCCUGUUGGAAGUGUUAAUAAGCAAAAAAAACAGCUUCAGCAACAGCAGCAGGCUCCGCAACCGCUGCAGGAACAACAGCAGGCUCUGCCAACUAUUACAGGUGGGUUAACUUCUCCCUUCCCUGCUCCUCCUCCACAAGAAAUGCUACAAGUAUCAGAGCAGCAGUUUGAGUCAGAGCCUAAACCAAAAAGAAGACGCAAAGAGAGAAGGAAAGCAACAGGAACCACAAGGAGAAGAGGUAGACAAACUGCCCCUAUAGUUGCCCCCUUGGAACCAGAAAUCAAAUUAAAAUAUGCCAGCCAAACUAUCGAUAAAACUGAGACCAAAGCCAAGUCUUUCUUUCCCUAUAUUCAUGUAGAAAACAAAGAAGAAUUGGGUUUGUCUUGUGUUAUUAUCAAUGCUGAAGAUGAAGAACAGCGGUGGAAAAAAUUGACAUCUGUACGCAAGGGCCAGAGGUCCACAUCACCACAAUCUACCGAAAGCAAAGUUCUUCCAAUCUCAAGCUUUAUGGUACAAGGACCAGUUGUUACAGAAUCUGCAUCUGUAGGACAUCUUGUUUGUUGCUUUUGUGGCAAGUGGGCUAACUACAAGAACUUUGGAGAUUUGUUUGGUCCGUUUUACACCCAGGAAUAUGCAUCUACACUAAAAAACCCACCACCCAAAAAAUCUGUGGAAACCGCUAAAAAAGUCAAAGUUAGGGACGAGGAUGCUUCAGAUGGCUCAAAAUCUGAUUCAGACGAUGAACCUCAGCAAGUGAGGGAGCAGCGCAGCUUACCUGCUCAUCCUCGUUUUAAACGUCGAAAUCGUUCAGGAGACUGUACCUCAUCUAGACAUGCUGUACCAUCCCGCAGAAAGACCACUGACUCUUGUGAACUGAAUUCAUUGGACUCUGGUGGAACAUCCACUGCAGAAGGAGUUUCUGACCAAGGUUUUCAGAUUCCCCAACUACCUCUUGACAGCAAUGAAUUCUGGAUGCAUGAAGGAUGUGUCCUCUGGGCCAAUGGUGUCUACUUAGUCUGUGGCCGAUUAUAUGGUUUGCAAGAGGCUCUUGACAUUGCCAGAGAAAUGAUGUGUGCUCACUGCCAGGAGCCUGGAGCCACACUUGGCUGUUACAACAAAGGUUGUGCCUGUUGCUACCAUUUUCCAUGUGCCACAGAUUCAGAAUGUUUACUUAGUGAAGAGAACUUCUCUGUACGCUGCCCCAAGCACAAGAAAAAUGACCAAGAAAUCUUAAAUUCUGCAAGGAUGAGGACAUUAAAGAGUUUUUCAGCAGAACAACCCGAGCAGAGUUGAAGUGGAACUUUCAAAUUUGGAAGAAAAAUGCAAGCACAGGUAAAACUACUAUGGAAAGGGGAUCAUCACACCUCAGUCUACUGAAUCUGCUCCCUAGGUGGACAUUGCCUUCUCUUGGGAAUACUCCCACGUGGCAUGAAUUUCUGCCAUGGACUUAUAAUGCCACAUUGGACAAAUGGCAUUAAAGAAUCUGAUCUUACAGCCUGUAAAACUAUUUUCAUCUUGAUGUAGGGGAGAAGAACUGUGAAAUAUGGAUGAAAUGUUAAAAUAAAACAUAUAUUUUUAACCUGAAAGACUUAGAGAGGAAAGGCGCAGUAAACUUUUUAUGGUUGAGGUUAAAACUUGAUUUUAAAGUCCCAACGUUACAUAUGUACAAAAACUUUUGAAAACAAUUUUAGAAAAUAUUUUGUUCAUUGUUCAAUAUGCUACAGAACUGCUUUCUUUACCCACCGAAACUCUGUUCUUAAAUAUUUCGUUUAUCAGCUUCUGAGAAAGGUGAAGCCUAAAGAAGACCUAAAAGUAAAACUCUGUGUGAUAAACAUUUGAAUUGACGCUAGCCUCUGCAGUAACAGCUUUUUUAUGUAAAUCUUGUAUGAAUGAGAAAAAUCUGGCCAGAUCUUAAUAUGCAAAUGCAGUGACGUCAAAGUAUUGUAGUUUUUUUUUUUUUUUUUUUGCUUUACUGCUGUAUAUUCAUAUUUUUUUCUACAUUGGAAAAUAAAUUUAACCUUCUUGGACAUCUAUAAAAUUAAAAAAACAAAUAUCGUCAGGUGAGGAUUUUAUUUUAUAACUCCAAUUUUUAAGCCCUUUUACAAUCACAAGGUUAAAUUUCCUGAACAUGGUUACUCAUGCUGAGAGAAUGUUAAAGCUGAACUCCAGUUUUGUAAAACGAAAUAAAAUUGUUGCGCUAGACCUUUAAAUACCUCAAAUGUGCACAAACCAAACUCAGUGAUGUGAUAUAUAGCAAUGGUACAUCAGACACAUUCAAAGAUGUAAAGUGCAAAGAAGAAUUAUUGUGAAACAAUCGUGAUAGCACUCGCCACAAUAAACUGUGUCCAGCGUU